AUGACAGAGGUGAUCGAGCUGUUGUCGUCGAGUUCGCCACCGAGUACAACUCCCAAACCGGGACAGCAGACAGUCUUGUCAGCACAAGAAUCAGUGCUGUAUGAGACGUUCGAUUUCCGCUCUGAUGACUUCGACGAGACCGGCUCGAUUGACUUCCGUCUCGAUCGGCCUCUGAAACGCCCCCGUCUAAGUCCAGAUCGUAAUGUACGGCGGAUGAGCCUCGGCCGAGGCGGCCGAGGCAGCCAAGUUAAGCCACCCUGCGUGGAACCGACGAUAAACAUCUCGUCGGACGAUGUUUCAUGGCCACAUCCCAAGCCCGACAAAGCUGUACAACUACCCAAAAGCUUUGCGCCGCAAGAGCCGAAUGGUAAUAUCUAUGAUGAGAUAACCUUCUCAUCCUCGGCUCCUGAGUUACGUCGCACGGAGGCAGGGAAGUCAGGAUCUCCCUGGAGGCUUUCGCUCGAUGAUUCGGAUGAUGAUCUGCUGGACGAUGUCUUUCAGAGUCUUUCCCAGCCGACCAGACAUGCGUUGAACGACGAUGAUGCAGAAGAUUUGUAUUCCCAGAGAACCGCCAGUCUGCUGGCCAACCUUACCAAUCAAUUGGGUAAGGAGAGAAAGCCCAACUCACGGCCUCCCAAGUCCAAGGUAUCGGACACCGCAUCGAAACAAACUGCACUGGCCAAUGCUCCAGAUGAUAUUCAGUUUUCUUCAAGUCCAGUGAAAGCCCCAGCCUCUAGGCCUUCCAAAUCAUCGGACGAUCAAAAGGCAUCCAAAGCUGCUGAGAAAGCUGCUUUGAAGGCCGAAAAAGAGGCCGCUAAGGAAGCCGAAAGAGAAAGAAAGCGCCUGGAUCGUGAACGAAAGGCUCGAGAAAAGCAACAGGCUGCUGAUCUUGCGGAGGUCAACAAAUCGAAGACAGGCAAGAAGGUUGCAAGUCCAGAGAUGCUUCUGGAUAUGUCAAGCUUUCUCAGAGGGACAAGUGUUGGGAAUCAGGUCGAGCAAUAUAUGCAUACCGCUCAUGUCGAGGUGAACUACUUCGAUGAAGAAGUCAAUCUGACAGAAAAUGCCCCGGAACAAGAUGUCUAUGGCAACGUGGUCAUGUGGCGUCGCAAAGUCAAAGCCACUUAUAAUGAUGAAGAAGGGCUGUGGGAGCCUACGUCGUCUAGCCGGAUAGUCAAGGAGAAACAUGUCCUGAUUCAUCUUCCUGCUGUCGAAUUUGCCGCCAUGAUCCGUGGUUCAAAGGCUACAUCUCCGCCCUCACAAGUACCCACCGAACCAGAGAUGAAAUCCAACCUGGAUGCUCAUGUGGCAUCGAUACGUCAAAGGUUUCACGACUGCAUUCCCUUCUAUCUCAUAGAGGGUCUGGAAGGCUGGAUCAAAAAGAACGCGAACGCGAAGAAUCGAGCAUACACGGCUGCUGUACGGGCACGACUAAUCGAGAGCGAUGCAAGAGGCUCGGCGACUUUACAAUCUGGUAGCGCUCGGGCGAAAUCCCGUAAGAGGAAAAAGCCGGCCACCGACAAUCUAGAUCUGUCUUUCAUCACGUCUGACGUGGUUGAGGAGCUGCUCUUGCACCUUCAGCUAGCGCAUCAGCCAAUUCUGAUCCAUCAUACAGUGUCACCGGCGACCACGGCGUCGCAAAUCUUUGCGUUGACGCAGCAUCUCUCAACGCGGCCAUAUCGACUGGCGCAGCUCGACUAUAACCUCAAAUCAGCCUCGUUCUGCAUGGAUACUGGUCAGGUCCGGACUGGAGAUGAUGCCAAAGACACAGUUGUGAAAAUGCUCCAGGAAGUUCAACGGGUGACGCCCAGUAUGGCUUAUGGGAUUGUGGACCAGUGGUCAAGCGUCCGGAAACUGGUCACCGGCUUCGAGCGACAUGGCAACCUGAUGCUUGAGAAUGUGCGGAAAUCCGCGAACAGGGACGGCGCAUGGAGCGACAGGAAACUAGGGCCAAUGGUCAGCAGGAGGUUGUACAAGGUGUUCAUGGGCCGGGAUCCUUCCGCCACCGACGGCAUGUCAUGA